UCUCCAGAUCAUGUUUCAGCUGCUGUUGCUAAGACCAUCAGGCAGACCCAGGCUGGCUCUCAGAAAGUAUCUUUUUUACUUGUUAGGGCCGGAUGGCCCACAAGCCUGUUAGGGAUGAGUCAUCCCACAGGUAAGCACUACUGCGAUGCUCAGGUGAGGUGCAGGGCCUGCUUUCCUGAGCGCUGUAGGCAGCGAGGGGCAAGGAGGGAUCAUCUCUCCCCUGCAUGACAGAUGAGAAGUGGGGCUAGCUCUCCCAUGCUUACGCCCUCAGGGUUGACUCACCUGCAUCGUCACCAGCAGGGCCAGCUUUACAGUGUUGCUGAGGAGGGCUUGCUCUCCCUAAUGCUGAAGCCAGUGAGAUACUGGGCCAGCUCCCUGGUUCUCAUGACCUCAGGUCCAGCUCUCCUACAGUGGUGAAGGGUGAGGGGGGAGGGCGUCUUUCCCUCACCCACACCACUGCAUGGCAGACAAGGAGGUGGGAUCAGCCUUCCCGCUCUCAUGCCCUCAGGGUUAGCCCGCCCACACCUGCCAACAGGGUCAGCUCUGUCAUGAUGCCCAGUAAGGCACAGGACCCACCUCCUCUCUCCAAUGCUGCAAGGGUAGGAUCAGUUCUCCCUAGUGUCGCGCCAGUGAGGGACAGAUCCAACUCUGUGCCGCCCUAUCCUCUCAGCCUUCAGUGGGAACAGGAGCCAAGGACGUCAACACAGACCAGGGCUGCAGCAGGGCCACAGGUGCAGAUGUGGCCCUUGGCUGCAGCUCGGGUCUGGACAGCACCCACCUCAGCCUGCUCCUCACUGCUUUCACCUCAUCUCCCACUCAGUCUUACUGGCAUUGUGCAGGUUCCUUUCUUCUCUUCCAGGCCACUAUGCAACUUCCAACAAAGGUCACUUAUUCAGAAACCUGGACUGGUGAGGUGAUUCUGCUGAAAGAGUAUAAUGGUGACCAACAGCCCAGCGCCAGAGGCACUGGGUGGGCUCACGGGUGAAUUCUUCCCACCCUGGAUCUAGAGACCUGGGGCAGAGCUAUGUUUGUCCUGUGGAGCCUUCCAGGCCUAGAAACACCAAAUGGUUCAUGGGUGAAUUCUUCUCACAGUCUAAGGACUUGGGAUGGAGCUGUGCUUGUCCUCUGGGGUCCGCCAGGUCUAGUGAUGCCAAGCAAGUCAAGUAGUAGUUUUCAAAAUGACUUUCCCAAAAGUCCUUAGUGUUAGGUAUCCCCUCACACACCCUCCUCUGCCCUGCCCUCCUCUUUUCAUUUAACCCUUAAUGUUCCGUUGUUCCUCCCCCUUUCUUAGCACCUGCAUGCUACCCUCCUCAUUUAAAAUCUCCUCCAUGACUCUUAUUAGUUUCCUGAAUUCUAUGGACAAUCCAGUUUAAACAUUUGAAACUAACACUCAUAUAUGAGAAAGAACACAUGAAGCUUGUCAGAAUGAUUAUUUACAGCUCCAUCCAUUUACCUGCAAAUAUCAUAAUUUCAUUUUUCUUUACAGCUAAAUAAAAUACCAUUGUGUACAUGUGACACAUUUUUAUUAUUCAUCAGUUGAUGGACAUCUUGGCUGUUUCCAUUUCCUGGCUAUUGGGAAUAGAUGGCAACGAACGUGGAUGGGCAAGUACCUCAAAGCAUAUAGAGUCCUUUGGGUAUAUGCUCAGCAGUGGUAUAGCUGGAUCACAUGCUAUUUUGAGCUUUUUGAGCAACCUCAACACUGAUCUCCAUGGUGGUUGCACCAAUUUUAACUCUCACCAGCAGUAAGAACAGGAGCACAGAAGUAAUGACUGGGGGAGGAAAUAUUACCAAGAUCACCCAGUUCAUCCUCCUGGGAUUCUCAGAUUUCCCCCGAGUCAUAGCACUGCUCUUUGUUAUAUUCCUCAUCCUUUACAUUAUAACACUGACCUGGAACCUGUUGCUUCUUGUUCUAAUAAGGAUGGAUUCCCACCUCCACACACCCAUGUAUUUCUUCCUCAGUAAUCUGUCCUUUAUAGACCUCUGCUAUAUCACCUCAACAGUCCCCAAGAUGCUUUCCAACUUCUUCCAGGAAAACCAAACUAUCAGCUUCAUUGGCUGUAUAGUUCAAUACUUCAUCUUUUCCACUAUGGCGCUGUGUGAAUGCUGCCUCAUGACAGCCAUGGCCUAUGACAGGUAUGCUGCCAUUUGUAACCCACUGCUCUAUUCAUCAGUCAUGUCACCCACCCUCUGUGCUCGUAUGGUGUUGGGAAGCUAUACAGCAGGACUCAUAGGUUCCUUAUCUCAGAUAUGUGCCUUGCUGCAACUCCACUUCUGUGGACCUAAUGUCAUCAGACAUUUCUUCUGUGACAUAUCACAGCUGUUAAAUCUAUCCUGCACUGACACUUUCUUUGCACAGGUCCUGCUUGCUAUAUUAACAAUAUUGUUUGGGCUUACAAAUGCCUUAGUCAUCAUGAUAUCCUAUGGCUAUAUAGUCUUGUCAAUCAUGAAGAUCACUUCAACUAAAGGCAGGUCUAAGGCAUUUAACACCUGUGCUUCUCACCUGACAGCUGUUUCCCUCUUCUAUAUUUCUGGUAUCAUUGUCUAUUUGAGUUCCAGCUCUGGUGGCUCCUCCAGCUUUGACAGGUUUACAUCUGUCUUCUACACUGUGGUGAUUCCCAUGUUGAAUCCUUUGAUAUAUAGUCUGAGGAACAAGGAAAUCAAAGAUGCCAUGAAGAGGUUGCAGAAGAAGACAAUCUGCCGCCAAGAUCAUAGAUAAGAAAAUUUCAACACAAUGUCAUGUCAGAGUUACUGUUACCGGCAAUCAUGUGCACAUUACUAGAACACAACAAAGUCUAUGGCACUUUGGAUAAAGACGACUUUGAUACAGACAGCAUGCCAAUAUAAACCAACAAUUGAUUUCAUGCCAUGGAAAUGCAUUAUAUUUAGGACCAGUAGGGUCAUAAUUCCCAGGUUACAAAGUGGCCAUCUCAUCAUUAAUUAUUCUACUUAUAGGUAUUUGAGAAAUAUCAAGUUGAGAAACUUGUACAAGUAUGAAAACUAUUAAAUUACAAGGCUAUCCCUCUCUGGAAGAUUCCUGACAGAUUCCCUGACCCCAGAGUUUACCAAUCUUCUUUCAUAAAUAGCUUGAUGUAGUAUAAUAAAGACCAGACCAUGACCACCGUAUUUUCUGUGAUACUGAUCAGGUGAGUUUGAAAGAAACAAAGUGCCCUAGGACACAGGCCCUCUGGGCAUGACCCAAGCUUCCUUCUCCCACCCAUUAUUGCCUCAGGUGCAGGCCAGCAGAGAAGACUCCCACAGGCAGGCAUCCUCACCAAUACCCACAUUAGACUGGACCCUGCAAUCUACAAGACCCACUUCCCGCCCCAAACCCACCCAUGCCCCUGUGAUCCCAGGGGCUCCCCAAGACACAGAAUCCACCAGCUCUGAUUGGACCAAGAGCUCUGAUUAGACCAAGAGGAUCAAGAGCUCUGAUAGGACCAAGAGUGGCUCCAUGAGAAACAGAAUCUGUCAACCCUGAUUGGAGCAAGAGCCAUGAUUGGACCAAGAGUGGCCCUCUGAGACACAGACACAGUUAGCACAGAGUGGACCAAGAGCAGCUCCCUCAGAAACAGACACUUCUUGCACCUAUUGGAGGAAGAGAUGGGUAGACUCUAGUGCAAAAUACAUACAACUACGUAAAUAGCAAUAUGGCACCACUAGAACCUAGUGGUUAUACAACAGCAAGACCUGAACAUCACAACGUGGAAGAAACAGAAGAAAGAGAUCUUAAAAAUAACUUUAUGAAGAUGAUGGAGGACUUUAAAGAUGAAAUGAACAGUUCCCUUAAAGAAAUUGAGGAAAAGACAAACAAAAAGAUUGGAUGAAAUCAAUAAAUCCCUUAAAGAAAGCCAAGAAAACAGUUCAAGACCUGAAAAUUUGAAAUAGAAACAAUAAAGAACACACAAAGUGAGAGAAUGAUGGAAAUAGAAAAUCUUAGUAAAUGAACUACAGAUGCAAGUAUAACCAACAGAAUGCAAGAGAUGGAAGAAAGAAUCUCUGGCAUGGAGGAUACAAUAGAGGAAAUAGAUUUGUCAGUCUGAGAAAACACUAAAGCCAAAAAGGUCAUAACACAAAACAUCCAGGGAAUCUAGGACACCAUGAAAAGGCCAAACCUAAGAAUAAUAGGGAUAGAAGAAGGAGAAGAAAACCAACUCAAAGGCACAGAAAAUGUAUUCAACAAAAUCAUAGAAGAAAACUUUCCUAACUUAAAGAAGGAAAUACCUAUGAAGAUACAAGAAGUUUAUAGAACACCAAAUAGACUAGACCCCAACAAAAAAGUUCCCUUGCCACAUAAUAAUCAAACCAGUAAACAUACAGAAUAAAGAAAGAAUAUUAAGAACAGCAAAGGAAAAAGGCCAAGUGACUUAUAAAGGCAGACCCAUCACAAUAGUACCUGACUUCUCAGUGGAGACUCUGAAAGUCAGAAGGUCGUGGACAGACGGAAUGUAGACAUUAAGAGACCACGGAUGCCAGCACACACUACUAUACCCAGCAAAACUUUCAAUCACUGUAGACAAAGUGCACAAGGCAAAGCCAGAUUUUUAAAAAAAAACUAUCCACAAAUCCAGCCCUACAAAAAGUACUAGAAGGAAAAUUCCAACCUAAGGUAUUUAGAUGCACUCACAAAAACACAGGCAAUAGAUAACCUUGUAGCAGCAAAUCCCAAAGAAUGGAAAUACACACACACUAUCCACAAAAGAUAACAGGAAUUAACAAUCACUGGUCAUUAAUAUCCCUUAAUAUCAAUGGACUCAAUUUGCCUAUAAAAGACAAAGGCUAACAGAAUGGAUAAAAAACAGGAUCCAUCCUUCUGCUGCAUACAAGGAACACACCUCAACUUCAAAGACAGACACUACCUCAGAGUAAAGGCUGGGAAAAGACUUUCCAAUCAAAUGGACUUAAGAAGCAAACUGGUAUAGCUAUGCUAAUAUCUAACAAAAUAGACUUCAGACUAAAAUUGAUCAAAAGAGAUCGGGAAGGACAUUACAUAUUCAUUACAGGAAAAAUUCUUCAAGAUAAAGUCUUAAUUAUGAAUAUUUUUGUCCCAAAUACAAGGGCACCCAUAUAUGUAAAAGAAACAUUACUAAAGCUUAAAUCACACAUCAAACCUCACACACUAAUAGUGAGAGACUUCAACACCUCACUCUCACCAAUGGACAGAUCUGCCAGACAGAAACUUAACAGAGAAAUAAGGGAUCUAACAGAUGUUAUGACUCAAAUGGACUUAAAAGAUAUCUACAGAACAUUCCACCCUAACAAAAAAGAAUAUACCUUCUUCUCAGCACCCCAUGGAACCUUCUCUAAAAUUGACCACAUAUGCAGUCACAAAGCAAAUCUCAUCAGAUACAAAAAAAUUAGAACAACCUCCUGUAUUUUAUCAGACUACCAUGGCUUAACGUUAGAUUUCAACAACAACAAAAAUUACAGAAAUCCUACAAUCACAUGGAAACUGAAUAAUGCUCAACUGAAUCACCAAUGGGUCAAGGAAGAAAUAAAGAAGUUAAAGACUUCCUAGAAUCAAUGAAAAUGAAUAUACUACAUACCCAAACUUAUGGGACACUAUGAAAGCAGUGCUAAGAAGAAAAUUCAUGGCACUAAAUGCCCACAUAAAGAAGUUGGAGAAAUAUCACACUACCAAUUUAACACCACACCUUAAAGCUCUAGAACAAAAAGAAGCAAACUCACCCAGGAUAAAUAGAUGCCAGGAAAUAAUCAAUUUGAGAGCUGAAAUCAAUAAAACAUAAACAAAGAGAACAAUACAAAGAAUCAAUGAAACAAAGAGUUGAUUCUUGGAGAAAAUCAAUAAGAUAAACAAGCCCUUAUCCAAACUAACCAAAAGGCAAAGAGAGGAUAUCCAAAUUAACAAAAUCAGAAAUGAAAAGGGAGACAUAACAACAGACACUGAGGAAAUCUAGAGAAUCAACAGGUCAUACUUCAAAAACCUGUACUCCACAAAACUGGAAAAUCUAAAAGAAUCAGACAAUGUUCUGGAUAGGUACCACAUACCAAACUUAAAUCAAGACCAGAUAAACAAUUUAAAUAGACUUAUAACCCCUAAGGAAAUAGAAACUGUCAUUAAAAUUCUCCCAACUAAAAAAAGCCCAGGACCAGAUGGUUUCAGCACAGAAUUCUACCAGAAUUUCAAAGAAGAGCUAGUACCAGUACUCUUCAAACUGUUUUAUACAAUCGAAACAGAAGGAACACAGUCAAACUCUUUUCAUGAGGCUACAGUUACCCUGAUACCCAAACCACACAAAGAUGCAACAAUGAAAGAUAAUUACAGACCAAUCUCCCUCAUGAACAUUGAUGCAAAAAAAAAAACUCAAUAAAAUACUGGCAAGCUGAAUCUAAGAACACAUAAAAAAAAUUGUCCACCAUGAUCAAGUAGGCUUCAUCCCAGAGAUACAUGGAUGGCUCAACAUAUGAAAAUCUGUCAAUGUAAUACACCAUAUAAACAAACUGAAAGAAAAAAACCCACCUGAUCAUCUCAUUUGAUGUUGAAAAAGCCUUUGACAAAAUCCAGCACUCCUUGAUGAUAAAGGUCUUGGAGACAACAGGAAUACAAAAAACAUGCCUAAACAUAAUAAAGGCAAUUUACAGCAAUGUUGGAUGUUGACUUGCUGUAAGUCAACAUCCAACAUCAAACUAAAUGGAGAGAAACUCAAAGUGAUUCUACUAAAAUCAGGAACAAGACAAGGCUGUCCGCUCUUCCCAUAGCUAUUCAACAUAGUACUCGAAAUUGUAGCUAUAGCAAUAAUACAACAAAAGGAGAUCAAAGGGAUAAAAAGUAGAAAGGAAGAAGUCAAACUUUCACUAUUUGCAGACAAUAUGAUAGUAUACAUAAGUGACCCCAAAAAUUCUACCAGGGAACUCCUACAUCUGAUAAACAUCUUCAGUAAUGUGGCAGGAUACAAGAUUAAAUUAAAAACAAACAAACAAACCAGUAUCUCUCCUCUCUACAAAUGAUAAACUAGCUGAGAAAGAAAUCAGAGAAACAUUACCCUUGACAAUAGCCACAAAUAAUAUAAAAUACCUUGGGUAAUUCUAACUAAGCAAGUAAAAGACCUGUAUGACAAGAACUUUAAGUCUUUGAAGAAAGAAAUUGAAGAAGAUACCAGAAAAUGGAAAGAUCUCCCAUGCUCAUGAUAGGUAAAAUCAGCAUAAUAAAAAUGGCAAUCUUAUCAAAAGCAAUCUACAGAUUCAAUGCAAUCCCUAUUAAAAUCUCAACACAAUUCUUCACAGACCUGGAAAGAACAACACUCAACUUUGUACGGAAAAAUAAAAAACCCAGGAUAGCCAAAAUAAUUUUGUACAAUAAAGCCACCUCUGGAGGCAUCACCAUCCCUGACUUCAAGCUCCACUAUAGAGUUAUAGUAAUAAAAACAACUUGGUACUGGCAUAAAAACCGACAUGUGGACCAAUGGAAUCAAGUUGAAGACCCUGACAUUAAUCCACACACCUAUGAACACCUGAUUUUUGACAAAAAAGCCAAGACUGUACCUUGGAAAAAAGAAAAUAUCUUCAACAAAUGGUGCUGGCAUAACUGGAUAUCAACAUAUAGAAGAUUGCAAAUAGAUCCAUAUCUAUCACUGUGUAAAAACCCAAGUCCAAGUGAAUCAAAGACCUCAACAUAAAUCCAGUUACACUGAACCUGAUAGAAGAGAAAAUAGGAAGUAGCUUUGAAUGCAUUUGCACAGGAGACCACUUCUUAAAUAUAACACCAGUAGUCCAGAAACUGAGAGCAACAAUCAAUAAAUGGGACCUCCUGAAACUGAGAAGCUUCUGUAAGGUAAAGGACAUGGUAAAUAAGACAAAAAUGACAGCUUACAGAAUGGGAAAAUGUAGUCGAAAGUUUCUUGGGUCCCUCCAAGCCCCUGCAGUCCCGUGGCCUGUUUAUAGAAUAAUCAUUCAGAAGCUUAUAUUAAUUAUAAUUGCUUGGCCAUUAGCUCAGGCUUAUUACUGUCUAGCUCUUACACUUAAAUUAACCCAUAAUUCUUAUCUAUGUUUAGCCAUAUGGCUUGGUACCUUUUCUCAGUUCUGCCUUGUCAUCUUGCUUUCUCUAUGUCUGGCUGGCGACCCUGAUUCAGCCCGUCCUCUUCCCAGAAUUCUCCUCGUCUGCUUCUCCCACCUAUACUUCCUAUCUGGCUACUGGCCAAUCAGCGUUUUAUUUAUCAACCAUUCAGAGAAACACAUAUUCACAGCAUACAGAAAGAUAUCCCCAGCACCUCCCCUUUUGUGUCUAAUCAAAAAGGACAUUUUUAACUUUAACGUAGUAAAAUCACAUAUAAUAGAACAGUUAUCAAGCAAGAAUUACAGUUACAAUAUCCAAUAUAUUUGUAUUUGGCAAAAUUAAAGAAAAUAUUCUCUCAUCUAUCCUAUAUUUGUGAGUCUAAAGUUUCAUAUCUAAUUUAUCUUUUAUCAUGACUAAAGAAAAUUAUGAUUAUCUAGUCUUCUACUAUAUCAAAGAACCCAGAAGGAUAUAAUAUUACCUAAGUAAACAGGAAGAGCAUUGUAAGCAACUUCCAAAAAUCUAGAAUGACAGAGACAGCUGACUGCCUGGACAGUCACCCAAAAUGUAAUCAGAAGGUUUCUCAGGGCUGCUUAUAAAAUAAUUACUCAGAGGCAUAUAUUAAUUACCGAUUGCACGGCCUAUGGCAGGCCUCUUGCUAGCUAGCUCUUAUAACUUAAAUUAACCCAUUUCUAUUCAUCUAUAUUUUGCCACAUGUUCCAUGGCAUGCUGUUUCUUCGGCUGCGGCUGGCAUCUCCCUUGCCUUCUUCCUCUCUUUCUGUCUAUCCCUUGGAUUUCUGCCUGCCUCUAAGCUGCCUUGCCAUAGGCCAAUGCAUCUUUAUUUAUCAACCAAUCAGAGCGACACAUAUUCACAACAUACAGAAAGACAUCCCCCAGCAGGAAAAGAUUUUCACCAACCCUACAUCUGACAGAGGGCAGAUCUCCAAAAUAUAUGAAGAACUCAAGAAACUAGACUUCAAAAUACCAAACAAUCCAAUCAAAAAAUGAGCUACAGAGCUAAACAGAGAAUUCUCAACAGAAGAAUCUCAAAUGACUGAAAGACAUUUCAGAAAUUGCUCAACAUCCUUUGUCAUCAAGGAAAUGCAGGUCAAAAUGACUCUGAGAUACCAUCUUACACCUGUCAGAAUGCCUAAGAUCCAAAAAACUCAUAACAGCUUACGUUGGAGAGGAUGUGGAGCAAGAGGAACACUCCUCCACUGUUGGUGGGAGUGCAAACUUAUAUAACCACUUUGGAAAUCAGUAUGGUGGUUUCUAAGAAAAUUGGGAAUCACUCUACCUCAAGAAUCUUGGGCAUAUACCCAAGGAAUGCUCAAUCACACCACAAGGACACUUGCUCAACUAUGUUCAUAGCAGCAUUACUCAUAAUAGCCAGAACUGGAAACAACCUAGAUGCCCCUCAACCAAAGAAUCGAUAAAGAAAAUGUGGUACAUAUACACAAUGGAGUACUACUUAGCAGUAUAAACAAUGAUAUCAUGAAAUGUGCAGGCAAAUGGAUAGAACUAGAAAAUAUCAUCCUGAGUGAGGUAACCCAGACUCAGAAGGACAAACAUGUUAUGUACUCACUCAUAAGUGGAUAAUAGAUGUAAAGCAAAGGAUAACCAGACUGUAACCCACAGCUCCAGGGAGACUAGCUAGCAGGGAGGACCCUAGGAAGGAUGUAUGGAUUGCACAGCGAAGGAGAAAUAGAUGAGAUCUACAUGCACAAACUGGGGGUGGGGGGUAAUUGAGGGCAAGGGAUGGGGGAUGAGAACAUAGGGGAACAGGAG